CACCUCCCAUCCCAACACUAGAAAGUUUACAGAAUAUUUAGGUUUACACCUGGAAUUUAUUAAAAAAAAAUGAGUGGCACUUCAAUUUUUAAAAUGUUUUAUAACAUAGUGUAUGGGAUUUUUUUUUUAAAUAAUUUAAAAUAAUAAAUGAUAGGUUUUUUUUUAUGUAUUUCUAUGCUUCAUUUCUUGUGAUUUGAAAUGGGUUGGGAUUUCUUGAUUUCUCAUUUUGUAUUUCUAUGCUUCAUUUCUUGUGAUUUGAACCAAUGUAAUUUUGAUUUAUUUGCUUUGUAAUGCAACUUGUGCAGGGCUGUGAUGGUUCUGUUUUAUUGGAUUCUGCUGUAGGCUUAAAAUCUGAGGAAGAAUCUUCGCCCAAUCUGAAUCUGAAAGGAUUUGAUAUAAUUGACAAAAUCAAGUCACAUAUUGAUGAAGUGUGCCCUGGAGUUGUUUCUUGGCCGAUAUUGUUGUUUUAGUAGCCAGAGAAGGUGUUCUUCAGUGUUCACUGGCAGAAGAGAUGCUACCCAUUCUUUCCCAGAUAAGGCAACAUUUGAGAUUCCUUCACGCCAAGCUCAUCUACCUGAAACCCUUGCAUCUUUUGCAUCUAAGGGCUUUCAUGAAAGAGAAACUGUCAGUCUCUUGGUCAAUUCCUUAACUUAUUGAGGUUAAUGUGCAACAACAGUCUUGCUUCAGCGUCAGCAUCAUCAUUAUCAUCAACAACAAGUUCAGGUUCGUUUGACUGCAAAAAGUUAUCAUCAAAAGCAUUAUAACCUUCCUGUAAGAGAUCACUAUCUUCAACUUCUGGGAAGCCAAGGAGGGGCACAAUGCUUGCCCAAACACUUUACUUGUAAAGCUCACGACUGUCCUCAAUUGAGGAUCCAGGAAUCAAUAUGGCUUAUGAGGGACCUGGAGUAGAUUUUGGCAGGGUAUACUACUGCAGUCUUCUACGAGGUAGAGGAAUCCUAGUUUCUGAUCAACAACUGACGUCUGGGGAAGAAACUGAGAAUGCGAAAUGGUGAAUGCAUACACUUCAGAUGUCUCUCAGUUCCGCCAAGACUUCGCACGAGCAAUGGUGAAGCCCUCAAAUCUCCAUGUCUUGACAGGUUCAGAUGGUCAGGUCAGGGUCAACUGUUCAAAGGUGGCAUGAGAGAAGGAAAACUGUAUUAACUGUUAAGCUUCCCCCACACUAGCUUUUCGGAUUUUGUUCUUUAGAAUUUGAAUUUUCAAGAACUUGGAUGGAAUUCUGUUGUUACCUUGUAAAUGUAGUAUCCAGAUUAGAAGUAAUGUUGCUAAAUACUAGUUCAAAAAAUGCUAAAAUGGAAGUUGGCUAUCCGUGCUAA